AUGUUGUUUUUUGUAUUCUAUGGAGGAAUCGUGUUUGGAAACCUUCUUAUUGUCAUAAUAGUGGUAUCUGACUCGCACCUUCACUCUCCCAUGUACUUCCUGCUAGCCAACCUCUCACUCAUUGAUCUGUCUCUGUCUUCAGUCACAGCCCCCAAGAUGAUUACUGACUUUUUCAGCCAGUGCAAAGUCAUCUCUUUCAAGGGCUGCCUUGUUCAGAUAUUUCUCCUUCACUUCUUUGGUGGGAGUGAGUUGGUGAUCCUCCUAGCCAUGGGCUUUGACAGAUAUAUAGCAAUAUGCAAACCCCUACACUAUACUACAAUUAUGUGUGGCAAUGCAUGUGCCGGCAUUAUGGCUGUUGCAUGGGGAAUUGGCUUUCUCCAUUCGGUGAGCCAGUUGGCCUUUGCCGUGCACUUACCCUUCUGUGGUCCCAAUGAGGUCGAUAGUUUUUAUUGUGACCUUCCUAGGGUAAUCAAACUUGCCUGUACAGAUACCUACAGGCUAGAUAUUAUGGUCAUUGCUAACAGUGGUGUGCUCACUGUGUGUUCUUUUGUUCUUCUAAUCAUCUCAUACACCAUCAUCCUAAUGACCAUCCAGUGUCGCCCUUCAGAUAAGUCAUCCAAAGCUCUGUCCACUUUGACUGCUCACAUCACAGUAGUUCUUUUGUUCUUUGGACCAUGUGUCUUUAUUUAUGCCUGGCCAUUCCUCAUCAAGUCAUUAGAUAAAUUCCUUGCUGUAUUUUAUUCUGUGAUUACCCCUCUCUUGAACCCAAUUAUAUACACACUGAGGAACAAAGACAUGAAGAGUGCAAUAAGAUGA